UUUGGGGAAAAUGUCAACAUCGUUCACGGAUGCAUUCAAGAUUUACAAGCGAAAAUGUCCUGUUCCUGACUUGUCGUCAGUGGUAAAUCCACAGGAUCCCAAGUUUAAUGAAUUGCUGCGAAGUGUUCGUGUUGACUCCCAAUCGACAGACGCCGGGGAUUUCGGGCUGCGACCGCCGGAAACGUGGCAAGUGCAGGAAUUGCUGGCUCAUCCGGGACUCCUGAUUGUGCAGAAUCCCUUCACCGCUUUGGGGCAGCGAUACUGGAUUGCACGGUGUCUCAGAGACUUCCCGAAGCAUCCCAAUCGGACGAAUUUGCUGACGCAGAAGCUUCCGGAGAGCGUCCGGAGGGAUUUCUGGGCUCUCCUCAGCACCGAAGAGGAGGAAAGUGUGCGGAAGAAGCUUAAGACUUGCCUGAGAUGGUCUACAUUGGGUUAUCAUCAUGAUUGGGAGAGAAAAGUCUACAGCGAAGAGGAGAAACAUCCUUUUCCCGCGGAUUUGCACGCUCUCACUGGGAUUCUGGGGCAAAUCCUCAGCUUUCCUGGCUUCAGAGCUCAAGCGGCUAUUGUGAAUUUCUAUCCUCAGGGCAGCACACUCGCUGGUCACACAGAUCACUCGGAAGUUGACCUGGAAGCGCCGCUUUUCUCCAUCAGUUUCGGUCAGGAAGCUGUCUUCCUGAUUGGCGGCACUUCCAAGGACUCUCCAGCGACUGCUUUGCUCCUCCACAGCGGCGAUAUUGUUAUAAUGUCCAAACAGAGUCGAUUGUGCUUCCAUGCGGUGCCAAAAAUCCUCCUGAACGGCAGAGAAUCGUGGAAUUCCGGGGAUUUUCCAGCGGGAGUGACUCAAAGGCCGGAGAUUGACGCGGAUCUGUGGCUGAAGUGCAACCAGAUGGACUUCUGGCGGCCCUUCAACCAUUAUCUCAGCGACUGCCGCAUCAAUCUCAACAUCCGGCAGGUUCUGGCCGCCGACGCGACGACGCUGUGACGGAAAGAGGCCAGAGAAUGCGCUCGGCUCCCGCUGCGCGACUGCCGAGGCGUCAUGUGCUCCAUCAAGCCGUCAACUGUGGUGAUUUGGAGGCGAUGGCGAGGAAUUCCCGGCAAUUCACACCCAAAAUCUCGCCUUUCACUGCUGAAUUUGGAGCAUUUUUCUAUGUAAAAUUGUACAUAAUUUAUUGAAAUCUGUCAUUGAUUAAAUUGUUUGCCCAACAACAACUUUCUGGGGACGAAUUCCACCCACUUUGGGGGGCUUCCAGAGGCCGAUUUCUGGAGCUCAUUUGCAUGCGUGUUUGCCUGGAAACACGCCCGAAACUUUGUCUGACUGGAUUCUGAGGCGCUUCGGGGCGGAAUUUAUGAAUUUGUCACAUUUUGAUUCCUCCCAAAAUUUGAAUAGAGACGGCAAAGUUUGGAAAAUUAUUCACUUUGUGCACAUCUUUUACAGAACCACAAAUUUAUAAUAUU